CAGGAGGUAGCUGAGAUAGUUCGUUUAACAAGCAGUGAUGUGUGGUCAGACAGGCGCGAUGGAGUCGUGUGCCUACAAAGCUUUCUUCUCAACUCUGGUGUUGUCAGGUUUGUUUACAAGUCUUUCUGUUUGUGACAAAUCACUGCAGUUUUAGCAUACUGAUACUCCUAAUAUUCCCAUACUGUAAAAACACUGUGAUCCUACUGUUCCAAUAUUGUUGUCCAGUAGUAACUAUACCCUUACCACAUUGGUAUAUACCAUUACUCUAUGUUAACUCAAAGUGACUUACCAUUGUGUCACAGUGUCAACCUUUCACUAUGCUGUUUCCUUAACGUUUCAACACUUUUACCAUAUUGUCGCCAUACUUUUUCCACUGAUUGUUACAAUGUUAGCAUAUUGCUACCCUGUUGUUACUAUACUGGUACCCUACUGUUUAUCCGGCUUAAGGAUGGUGUCGUCAUAUGACAUUUUAUUUUUGCAGUCAAAUCCUUAAAACUUCUCAGUUUUUUUCUCGUGGGCGUUUCUGAUGAAUGUUUUUUAAUGAAGUUAAUGUUUAUUCCCUUAGCCAAGUGGAACUGGGGCGGAUAAAGGAUUGUCUCACGCGGUUGUUCUUUGAUCCUCACAACAAGGUAAAGCACACUACAGUUUACAAAUUCGUUUGUUGAAAGUCAAGGAUCUCUUGCAGCCGCUAUACUGGUAAUACACACAUACAGAUGGCCAGAGUGUCAGUGGACUUCAAUUUAACAAACGUUACACCAAGAUUUCUACCAUGGCUGGAUAAGCUCAGUUGGUAAAGCACUUGACUACAGAGCGGGAGGUCUUGGGCUCGAUUCCCGGGGCUGGUCCAAUACUCAGGGUGUUAAAAUUACUGGGAAUUGAAUGUUCUUCCUUUGCACUCUAAGCGACUAGACCUUCGCGUGGCUCGGAUGACAACGUAAAAUGGCGGUCCCGUCUCCAGCUGGAGACGUAAAAAUAGUGUCCCCAAUUAGUACUUUCGCGCUAAAUACAUUGACACUCAAAUAAAGUGCAUUUUUUAACGUUACGUAAUUUUUUCUGAAGAAAUACAUGCAAGUGAUUUUCUUUAUUUCCCUUGACGCCACGGUUUUUGCGUUUUGUGCAUCAGGUCUAGCACGAAUUGGUCCGAUUUAUCGGUUAACAGCAAAUAAACCAAUUGCAACAAAAAAUAUCCAAUCAAAAGAUAGGGCUUCAAAAAAUCUUUUCUAACUGUAGAAACUUGAAGGAAACUGACCAAGUUAACUUUCUCAAAGACCUCUGGGGCUGUCCCUAGGGACAUAAAAAAACUGGCCAAUAGCUGACCGAAGCUGACCGGCGAGUUCCUAGCCUCCCACGCAGACGUUCUUAGGGGUUCGUCACGCGUGAAGUGGGGCAGGAACGCGUGACGAACCCGUAAGAACGUCUGCGUGGAAGGCUAGCGCGUUCCCUGUAACGAUCCCGGAAACACUCGCGGGACGCAUUUCGGCUCCAGUUCCCUUCUGUUUUUAAAGUGGCGAAUAUAAAGCCCAUUACAAGGAGUAAACAGCCGUAAAAGCAUAAAUCACCCCUACUAUCUUUGAGAUUAGCUGAUUUCGUUUGUCUGCUUUUUUUCUCUUCUACAGGUUUACAGUUUGUUUUUGGACGCAUUGUGUGACUUCAUAGUCGUCAAUAAAGUGGAUCUUCACGAUUGGUUGUUCGUUUUGUUGUCACGCCUUCUCACUAAGCUUGGCACGGAGCUCUUAAAUUCUCUACAGUCUAAAGUUGUUAGAGUGUUGGAUGUUAUCAGGUGGGGCUUAACAGGAGAGAUAAAUAUCAUGUUGAAUUCGAAAAAUAAAUUUACCUCACAGAAACAAAUUAAAACUUUCAAGCAGGACUGUUAAGUUGACGUUUCGACAACCUCGCGUCGUCUUUUUCAAGAUGGCGUUUAUGUUAAGUCACGCGCGACCACCUUGGUGAAGCCAUAUUGAAGGUCUCUAUUCCAUGGCUUGGUUUGAACCACCUUGUAUGGCAUAAUAAACAGUACCACAGAACAUUACCGCUCAGAAGCGUUCAUUUGGAUAAUGUGCAGCAUAUCUUAUGUCUCAUAAGACAGUUAAAAAUGCGAUUCUAAUUACCACCAGUUAGUCGUUUUUGCGUUUGUUUCUUACAGUAAGUAAUCACCAGGUAUAUGAUGUUCCUUUAUCAGGAAUUUCCCUUGAAAAUAUACAUUCAUAUUUGUGUUGUCACAAAAGGGGUUACUGAAGACAUUUUACUUCAAAAGAAGGGAGAUUUCCACACGACGAGACGUUAGUACCAACUAGUAACUUAACUCGUUAACCUUAAGGGUCGUAUCCUUUCGUAAAUCAGUUGGAUUUCGGGAUGAAAUAGUUAAUUCGUUAUUGUUUGUCUUUUUUUCAGAGAUUCCUUUCCUUAUGAUCUUCAGUUUAGCAUUUUAACCAGAUUCAUCACUGAUCAAACCCAGACACCCAACCUCAAGGUAAUGGUGCAUGAAUGUACUUCACGGUCGUUCGCUCUUGUGUGUUCGUUGGAACGUUUUACCGGUGCGGCAUGUUAUUGGUCAAAUUUUUCUUUAGAUAGAGAGGUUUUAUUUUGGGAGGGCAGGGUAUAUUGAAAGUGCAAAAUGCCAGGAUGUAAGCAGCCUAUAGCGACUCGUGUUUGAAGGAUAAUCAUAUCAAGCCUCGUUAUUAGGUCAUAUUUAUAUUGUGCUAGUAGUAUUUUACUUCCUGUUUACCAUCUUCCGUUUGUCUUGCAGGUCAAGAUAGCCAUUUUGCAGUAUUUACAAGGACUUAUCGGUUUGAUGGAUCCAAGCGAUUUCACCAACUCUGGUGGUAUCCUUUUUCAAAGAUUUGUUAUCCAUGCAAUCAAGCAUGACUUAUCUGGGACCAUCAUAAAUUUUACAUCAAUCCUUCUGAAUAAUUAUUCAGACUUGGCUCCUGGUCUCAGAAAGUUGGGAAGGCAAUAGAGACAUCACAUGACGCACGAAAAGAUUUCUUCAUUAGUUUAUGGACAUUCCCUAUCUCUCGCAACUCCUUGUACGAAAAUGGAAUACAUUUGCAGGUUGCAGUAAAGUGUGAGACUUUUAAGAAAGCGUGGAGAAAAAUACGUUAUUUAUGAUGCUAAGGCAAAUAUUCCCCACUUCAGAAAUUCAGGGAGAAUGGGUACAAGCUUUGGUUGCAGUGAUGUCUGGGAUUCGUUUGGGUGAACAAGCGUCAUUUAUGAUUGGUCGAUGGUAUUCAAGGUAACCAUUAACCAAUCAUAAGUAACCCUUUUCCACCCUAACGGUUUCAGAAAUCAUUGGACCCAAAGCCUGUUCCCUUUCUCUCUUUUGUUUGUGGUGGGGGGAAUUACGUCACAACUCUCUUUAAGGAGCUGUGUCACGAAAUUCAGCCAAAUUAGGUAACUACAAAAUGCCUGUUAAAUUAAGAGAAACGUAAAAAUAACCGCUUAAAACAUUAAAGGAAGGUUAAAUUAACACAACAGAUACAACAGAUGCCACGGAUGGGCAAAACUGAAGAAGAUUGAAACGGAUUGAAAUUAGGGUUCAGCCUAACAGUUUUUUCAAACUUGAUCUCUGCUGUUUCCAUCGUCAAAAAUAAUGCUCUGGAGACAUGUUUGUUUGUCUUUGAUCUCUGAUUUUGUCAUUUUCAUGUAAUUUCUUUGUUUACUUUAAGUUCCAUAGCGAUUGAGGGAGGGUAAUUGGCAAAAUUAAACAAAAUGAACUGGACUGCCGUGACACAACCCCUUUAACUGCCACACGGUUUAGAAUGAUAUCACAGUGUAAAUGUAAAUGCUUUUCAACGCGUAAUAUCGUGAUCAGUUGCUAAAAAAACUAUACAACUAGAUUUGUUGAAAACGUUUUUAUAGCCUUAAUACGGCGUAGAAACACGGUUGGCGGUUUCGCGGAUAAUCACUUGGACGACUGAGCCGAAAAGCGUGGACGUCAGGAAGGUAAGAAGCCCUCGUUCCACCCGAAAUAAAGUGUAAACAGUAAUAAAAUAAAAUGUAAACAAAAAUUUUUACCAAGACAUGUUGGUGCCGGGUACUAGAAAUAAACUGCACUUAUCUUGAAGACCCGUGCACUACAUUGUGAGCAUCCCUGGCGACUAAGCUACGAGUUCAGGGAGAUGCAGGUCCUAAGCGCUCAUAAAGAGUGCACUUCACAUUUCAUUAUCUCCGUCAGUUAAUCCACUCAUGGAGUUUUCCUGCUUCUCUUUUUUCAAACCACAAGGUUGAGUGCAAAAUUGUUGAUACGAAGUGAUGUAAUUUGUGUUCUCAUGCAAAAUAAAACUUGUAUUUUUCAUCUGUCCUUAUUUUAAAAGUGAAAGUUUUGGAACUCGGAAGAACGUGGUUCUUGUCCACUUCAGUGCAGUGUUGAGCUAAUUUAGUGAAGGCGCUUGCUCCUCUGAUGAUUGUUUUAUGUGACAGUUUGUUUUCAAUUCAUUUUGACUGCUUCCUAAUUUGUCCCUAGGAAUCAGCGGCUGUCAUUGUGGCUUUGUUUGAGUUGAACACUCCAGAAUUCAGUAUGAUGCUAACAGUUCUACCCAAAUCUUUCCAGGUAACUCCACAUAUAUAAUAUUGACCUGAAACGUAAUGUGUUAGUUUUAUGUAUUUCAUUUUAUGCAGCCAUUGAGGUAAUAAGCAGUAUUAGCUCAGUCGGAAGAGCGCUUGACUGUAGAGCGGGAAGUCGUUGGUUCGAUCCUUGGGGCCGAACCAAUACUCAGGGUCUUAAAAAUAACAGUUAAGGUACUGCCUUUGCCCUACAAACUGAUAAACCUUUGUGUGGCUCGGAUGACGUCGUAAAAUAGCGGCGACGUACAAAUAGUCCCCUUAAUAAGUACUCUUGUGUUAAAAUACAUUGAUAGUCACAAAAAAAAUGCGUAAUAGAAGUGAUUGUAAUGCUUUUUUUUCUGUUUUUUGUAGGACGGUGCUACUAAGCUACUUCACAAUCAUCUAAAGAGCAGCAGCCAAGGCUCAGAGGUAUUAUGGGUAACGUGUUAAAAUCAGUGUCGUUUUCUUUCGACGGAACAAGAGCAAUAAGCCACAAUCCCGGUCAUAAUUUGUUGAAACACUUCCGGAAACAGUUAGGCUCUUAUAUAGAGAAAUAUGGCUCCAGUAAGAGGGUCAUCCGGCCGAGUCAACUUUGGCAAGCGUUUAUCUGAGAAAAAAGUUGACCCCUUUGCACGAGCCAAGACCUUACAACAGCACUCCCACAUGCACUGAUUGUCUCGACCCUUGACCGAGUUGACCCGGCUGGGUGAGUCAAAUAAUAAUACGGAGAAAAGUUGGCGCGCCCGACUAGGAGGCUUUCCCUAUCGUCGAAAAAGGGUGGCCCGCCCUUUUGUAAGGAGAUCGCGUUGGAAAAGUUCGGGUAGGCGGGUGACUCCUGGGAUAACAUUUCUCCAUAAAAGCGGGGCCUUAGACUGUGGUUAUAAAUUGUUAUUUUAUUUUACAGUGAGGUGUGUUUCUCGGGUUUUUAGUUCAGUUCACUGGCGUGGAGUUCGCCGAGGGAUUAAGCGAGUUUAGCUCCUUGUUUUGGAGUGCAAAGCACGAACACCACAAAAUGUUUGUUUUCAGUUUGUUCUAGUGUUUGUCCAGCCGUUCCAGUUUCUGGUUUAAGCUUCAAAAUGUCUAGCCCAAAUGUAGAGCGUACGUAAAAGGCUACAAAAUUUUGUUCGUGAUUGUUACACUUGCCUUUGUUUUCUUCAGCCUUUUGCUGCCGGUCGCGGAUCUCCGUCGUCAUCUUCGUCUAACUUCGAUGAAGUAGAGGAGCGACCCAGGUUAAGACUGGGCUACAGAACAUUGUCCUCAUCAUCCAUGAAAAGUGUGUCCCCGGCAAAGGACGAAAACCGUGCCGAUCAACCGAGCUCCCCCGACCACCACACCAAGAUACCGACGCCUACGAGGAGUCCUCGAAGCGCUCAGACCAGGUUUGGGUAUUCUCCGCGAACAAACACGCCUUCGUUACAGCGUGACAACAGCAGCGAAGUUGAACCGUUGAGCUCGAAUGAGUCCCUAGACGGAAGGUACACAUCUCCCCCACCUCCUCACCGUGGGGACGCCGUUUCAAGCCAGCCGGAAGACGCGCCGAGUGUGUCAUCCGGGUAUAAUAGUGAUGACGUCACAUCCGGGAAUACAGAAAGCCACCAUCGAAGAACAAGCGCGGCUGCACCGCCAGCUUCGGGUGAACCCGCGGGACAGAAGUAUGACCCGAGACAAUACCAAGAUAAACAGAAUGAUUUUCAUCCAGUGAGUAAACAAAACAUGGUAAGAAAAUCAAUGAAAAACAUGUAGCCGCAUUUUAAAAAUUAAGGAGAUUUAUUGCUAAAGGCAGUGAACUCUCUUCAAACGGACAACUUUAGGACCGGCCCAACUCUCCCUCCAAGAGUUAUGUUCGUCUUAUAGAGAGUCAAAUAAGUAUAGGUAAUAGCAUGAUUUGUAGUGAUAUUUGGCUAAAUACCACGAUUGAUAUUUCGAAAUUGUUAUACGUAAUUUCACGAGUCGUUAGGCGAGUGAAAUUUGAUGCAAUUUUGAAACAUCACGAGUGGUAUUUAUGCCAAAUAUCACGUACAAAUCACGCUAUUAUUUCGUUAUACUACUACCCGCAAAGGUUUUGUAAUUUUCACAUGUAGGUAUUUCAAAUUAAGCUGAAAUACCACUGCUCUAAGCCAAUCAAAUUGCAGAAAUUUCUCAUGUAGUAAGGGAGUAAUAAAAGGCAGGGACCAACUCUAGAAGUUCGUUUCGCCGAUGUUUCCGCCUUACAGAGGUAUCCAUUAAGGUAUUAGAACUGCUAUAAAAUCACAAAAUGAUCAUGCUUAGCAUUUUCGUUAAAUAGGAGCCGAGAAAACGAAGGCCAAAGUUGGUAUCGAAGAGUGCUAGUUUGGAAAUAUUAUUAAUCACAGGGCUGAAAUCCGACGCAAUACUUUCCGUUGUUGACAGAAAUGUUGCAAUUUUCACAACCCGGCACGCGAUAACGUGUUAUGAGUUUCAAGUAUGGGAAAUUGCUGAUGCAGACCGAAAGCCUUUUUCGUCAACGGAAACAAUUCCGUCCAUACUAAAUAAGGAUAUAGCAUGAUCAUGUAGCUCCUGUCAUUUAAGGAAUUCUUCACAGGAAGAAACAUCGCUUGCUCCAUCCUUUUUACGUAAAUUCUAUCCCAUGCGUUGAUGUACUGUAGUUUAGUAGAACGUGAAGAAAUUUCACCGUUUAGAGACUGGCACUUUCUCUAAAUUUUUUCUGUUUAACUUGUAGGUACCGGAAAUGAAUGGUUUUCUUACCGCUGGCCGGAAGAAGAACGGUGAAGUGGAGGACGAGCUUGAUCGUUCAUUAGAGGGAAUGGAUCACAGUGAUGACCAGUUUGAUAAAGGUACUAUCAGUACCUGCGUGAUAUUAUUUCGGCUUUAUGAUACUAAGUAGUGCGCGCGUGUGAACCCGCGUCAUUUUGGCGGGAAAACGCGAUAGCCUUCUUCAUCCUUGGCCUAUUAGAUAGUCUUGUGCAGUGAUCGGUUUGUCACAGAUGAUCGACCUGACUCUUCAAACGACCCCCUCCCCCACCCUGUCAAAAAAGGGAAUCAGUUAUGGUUAGAUGUCUUUCUAUCGUUCACUGCGCCGAAUAAACCUGAAUGGACUAAAAUCGCUCGCCGUUACAACGGUAAAGUUGUACGCGUCUUUUCAAACAACGUCCGGCUGACCAAAUGAACUUUUUUCAGGCCAUGUUUGUACUGAAGAAACUGCUUCAUAGCUCAAGGGUUUUUAUUCUUUCCUCGAGGUUUUAACGUUUAGAUUUUAACAAAAACUCACUCACAUUGUUUUAUCGUCUUAGAUGUUUCUUUUGAAAACGCCGAUGGUCUUUCCCCUCUGAUGGUCCCACUAGGAGCACCCUCAGGUAUGCAGACGGAGGAAAAGAAAGAGGCCCUGGGAGAGUUACUGAGAAUGGCCCGUGAAGAGGCACCUGAACUUUGGGAAGAAAACUUGAAUACUCUGCUCUCCUUAGUCUUGAAGAACAUUGGCGAUGACGAGGUAGUACUUUAUAGACUUAGUUAGUUUAUUUUUAUUUAUUUAUUUAUUUAUUUAUACCACCACUUCAUAUGUAAAAUUACAUUUUGAGAAUUAUUCCAUAAUCAAAAUAUAGUUACAUAAAAUACGUAAUGUAAAAAUAUCUAAAUACCGUCUGGUGAGGAGACCGCAGAAAGCGAAAGGCUUGUGAAGGGAUGUUCCCCCACGAUUUGGUCAUCGAUUUAAUACAGUGAAACCUCUAUUAAGCGGACACCUUCAGGACCUUCCCAUGUGUCUUCUUAAUGGAGGGUUUCCGCUUAAUAGAGUUUGUAAAAAUUGCGCAAUGUUUGUGAUAAAGUUCUAAAGAACUUUUAGGUGAACUCUGAUGGCGGAUGACAAUCAUACGGCCGGAUAUCAGUCUAAUCUACAGUUUAUUGAUAGCUAAAUGUAUUGAUUUAUCCUUAUUAAUCGACUACAGUUCGUAUUUCAGGGACAGAAUCCAAUACUAGUAUUGUCAAUUCAGUCCGUAAAGGUGUCCGCUGAAUAAGGUUUCGUUAUAAAGGGAAAUAUAAGACGUUAAUUUCGGGACACGGCUUAGUGUCCGCUUAAUAGAGGGUGUCCGCUUAAUUGGGGGUCCGCCUAAUAGAAGUUUCAUUGUCUUAGAUGCUGGAACCGGCUUUGACUAGCGGGCGUAGAAGGAUAGAAUAGAAUUUAACUUUGCAAAAGAAGUUGCACGUUUUUGUUGCCCUUUUUUACCAUACUUCAAGAAACAGAACAUGCAAGGAAACUCCGUUCUUUGCGCUGACUUCUUUAUUUUUUGUUAUUUAUGCUUCAGCCUUCCAUACGACUACUUUCUCUUCGUGUUGUAAGAGAUCUGGUACGGACUAAGCCCCAUGCCUUGAGCGGACCGAAUCAAAAAAUGAUUGAAACAGUUCUUAUUGCACACAAGGACUCUCAGAAAGAGGUAAAGCAAGAAAAAGGUUUGAAAAGUAGUAAGAGUAACAAGAACAUAUUAUACAAGAUUGCUGCAUUAGUUUUAAAAGACUACCAUCAAUGCUUUCCUGUUUAGUAACUUUCCUUUACGUUGGGCAGGGUCGAAUAAAUGGGAUUUCUUAUGACUUCCCCAAUAUUGUCAACUUGAUGCGUGUUUUUCAACCGGUACGGUUGGACGAGGUGUGUUGACCUCAACAACUGUGUACUUAGAGUCUAAAUGAUUUCGUCCAGACUUGUUGCAAAGCCUGUUGUUGACUUUCAAGUCUCUCUAACGAGAUGCAUUUAUUCAAGUCAACAACCCGUUUUGUGGAGUCAAAAAAGUGGUUUUCGACUUACAAGCUCUACAGUGGUAGACAUGAUUAAAUUUUUUCGGUCUCGAACUUUGAAAUAGGGGUUUGCCUUGUUGCUUGAAGAUUUUUCCUACAGUUAAACCGUGGGUUGUUUGCUUUAAUCGACAAUUUUGAGUUUGCAAACUGAAAACAACUAUUAUUAUUAUUAUUAUUAUUAUUAUUAUUAUUAUUAUUAUUAUUAUUAUUAUUAUUAUUAUUAUUAUUAUUAUUAUUAUUAUUAUUAUUAUUAUUAUCAUCAUCAUUAUCAUUGCAGGUUGCUCGGGUCGCCGAAGAGGUUGCUGGGACGAUUGCCAAGUCUCUACCACCUGAGGUGUGCCUGCAGGCCUUGGCCCCAGUCCUCAGAGAUGCGGAUUUCCCGGUCAAUCUCGCCGCUCUUAAAAUGACAAUUAAGGUACCGUUGUAGUAGAAUUUUUUGAUAAUUUUUCCACAGUUUGUGAAAGAGUUUGAGCUUUCUCCCGCCGAGAGUAGGCUAGAAGAGUUUUCGGAUCAAUUAAUUAGGUUUCUGGGGAAACUGCCCACCUAUCCCUCCCCUAGGCCAACAUUAUCACUUACUUCUCACUUAGGGCAAAAUGUUGACUUGGGGGAGGGGUAGGUAGGCAGUUUAUUGAUCCGAAUUUUAAUUUAAUUCAUAAAUCUUUUGCAGGUUGUGGAAGAUAUCGAUAGCGAGACGGUUGAGGAAAACUUAGGAGAAGUCGUGCCUGGGCUCGUGCGGGUAAAGUUGUGUUUCUGCUUUCUACUUUUUUGAGUUCAGGUUUUAAAUCUCUUAAAUGAUUUCUUUUACUUGCUCCCUCCCUCUCGAACUCACCAUUUGAACAUUUCCCAUGAUACACUGAUCUUGUUUACACUCCAAAAAUUUGCAUAAGCAUUUUCUUUAAUUUCUCGUCAGACGAUUGUGGUACCCAGGAGCAAACAGUGGUUAACCGGUUUUUUUAAGUGGGGGAUGGUUAACAAGAUGUUUUAUGGCCAAUGUAGAAAUGGUGAAUAAUUAUUUCCUCUGAAUCCUGUCCCCUGCGUCUAGUAAUCGUGCAAUGAAACAUGGUGUCAAAUUUUAUCGUGAUAUACAGUUGGUAACUCUAAGUACAUUCAUUUACAAGUAAAAGUUAUAUCGCUGUAUUUGUCCUUGUUCUCUCAUUCACGUGUACUUCAUAACUUUACACAACUUGAAGAUCAGAAAAUUUCGCUGUAAACGCCUCGAAAGAGAACGUUUUACACGAUCGCCGCUACCGACAAGUCGAAAAAUUGAAUAAGUACCGCGGCGCUUUUGGGAGUAAUUAGUAGUAAUAGACCUUCUUAGCUUGUAUGUUUUGUUUCCAUUUCAGACCACGUGAUAGUACCCCUGAGAACUGUUUCUCUCAAAUGUCGUCCUAUGCACGUGAAUCCAUGUGCAUAUGUAUACAUGAUAAUGAAAAGACAAAAGGCAAAUUCGCUAGAGAAUAUCACAUGGUCUGAAAUGGGAAAACAAAACGUACAAUCUAAAAAGGUCUAUUAUCAUACUUGAAUGAAGGAAUGAAGAGUCGUGGAUGAGAGGACAACAGACGUACCCUCUUACAAUACAUUUAAACAUAUGAACAGUAAGCUUGGACGUCAAACAAAGGCGCCACUGGCAGCCGCUCUCAGUCCAUUUAUGAGCUUACUGUACCCACCCAACCCAUGAUGUGAAUGAUGUGAUGAGUGAGGGUUGACCACAACACCGGGGUCUACUUCCCCUACUAUUUUCGACCAGUGAUGUGGGUUCUUUUACGUCCCACAAGAACCAGGUAAGUGUGUGUGCUGUGAGACGGGACCUACGGUUUUUCCUCCUUAUCCGAGAAGACUAGAAAGUCUAACCGUUUGCAGAUGUCAUUACAAAGGCAGCACUUUCUUCUCAGUUAUUAAAAGACCCUGGGUGUUGGUCCGGCGGGGGUCGAACCCGUUACCUCCCGCUUAGCAGACCAGCGCUCUCCCAACUGAGCUAACCAGGCGGCGGUCAAUUAACUUUUUUAAAUUAACUUUUUUUCUAUCUUUUAGUGCUAUGAUCACGUUGAAAGUAGUGUCCGCAAGGCUAGUGUGUUUUGUCUGGUGGCGAUUCACGGCGUUGUAGGGGAGGACAUUUUGAUGCCACAUCUGGCGGAACUGUCUGGAACAAAGAUGAAACUUCUUAACCUCUACAUCAAAAGGUCCCAGGCCGGUAACGGCGGGGCUCGUCCGUGA